AUGUUGUUCCUUCUCUUCGUAGCUUUUUGCUUUAUUGGAGCUCUUCCAUGCCGUUCUGGCAAUGUCGGAAUCAUACAACCCACCUUGAUCGCACCACGUUCUCUAGACUCUGACUCUCUUCUCAUCAAUCGCGCCCUGCCUAUAGGAACAUGCAACGCCCAGACGCCCUGUGAGAACGCUGCAUGUUGUGGCGGAAAGAACAAUAAUCUAUGCGGAUACUCUCCAGGAGAAUGCGGAGCCGGAAACUGCACUUCCAACUGUGAUGCCAAGGCCGAGUGUGGCCAAUACGGUAAACCGGGUCAGCAGAAGUGUCCGCUCAACGUCUGCUGCUCCAAGUUUGGAUUCUGCGGAUCAACCAGCGAAUUCUGCGACAGUGGCUGCCAGGCUGGCUUUGGCGGAUGCGGCAGCGUCCACCGGCCCUCGUGCAACGGCAACUCGAUUGCCAAGCGCACCAUCGGCUACUACGAGUCGUGGGCCGCGACGCGCAAGUGCCAGGCUGUCCUGCCCGAGGACCUGAACCUGAACGGGUUCACGCACAUCAACUUUGCUUUUGCCUUUUUCGAUCCCAAGUCGUACCAGAUGGCGCCCAUGGACAGCAACAGCGGCUCUCUGCUGAGUCGCUUCACGGCGCUCAAGAAUACCCAUAGUGGGCUGGAGGCCUGGAUCUCGGUGGGCGGUUGGUCUUUUACGGAUCCGGGUCCUACGCGGUCCUCAUUUAGUGACAUGACGAGUUCCGCAGGUAAUCGCAAAAAGUUUAUCGAUGGGCUUAUUAGUUUCAUGGAGCACUAUGGGUUCAGCGGUGUCGAUCUGGACUGGGAAUAUCCUCAGGCCGAUGAUCGAGGUGGUGUCACAGCUGACAAGGCUAAUUAUGUCAGCCUGGUCAAGGAAUUGCGAGCCGCGUUUGGUAACAAAUACGGAAUAUCCAUGACCCUACCAACGUCUUACUGGUACCUCCAGCAUUUUGAUCUGCCCGCCAUACAGCCUAAUGUUGACUGGUUCAACUUUAUGGCCUAUGAUCUUCAUGGCGUAUGGGACGCCCAGUCCAAGUUCCUCGGACCAAAUCUGGCGCCACAUACCAACAUCACAGAGAUUGACAUGGGCCUCGAUUUGCUAUGGCGCGCUGGUGUUGAGCCCAGCAAAGUUGUACUUGGCCUAGGAUGGUACGGUAGAAGUUUUACCCUUACCAAUCCUGCCUGUAAUACACCCAAUGGAGUCUGCCAGUUCUCUGGGGGCGCCAAAGCCGGUCCCUGCUCCGAUGCCAGUGGUAUCUUGACUUUGCAGGAGAUCAACGACGUGAUUUCUUCCAAAGGGGUCAAGCCCGUCUGGGACAAGACUGCUGGCGUGAAAUGGAUAACAUGGGACAGCAAUCAGUGGAUUUCAUAUGACGAUGAUGACACCUUUGAUCAGAAGCGAAAAUUUGCAAACUCGCGUUGUCUAGGAGGCAGUAUGGUCUGGGCCAUCGACCAAGUCAACCAAAAAGCAGACAAUGGUCUUGCACCCGCCCCGGGCGUGACGACACAAGAUCAGCAAGACGCCAAGCAAAAGAGUGAUGAUCUCGCCGCGGGAAUAACUUGCUACACGACCGACUGUGACCAAAGCUGCAAGCGAGGUACCAAUGAAGUCGCUCAGAUGAAUGGUCAACCCGGUAAACUAUCCACCAAUGACCGUUGCAAGCCAAACCAAUACCGCUCUCUCUGCUGUGAUGACGGUACAAAGAUGGGAACCUGCCAGUGGCGCGGAUACCGCGGCGUCGGCCUCUCCUGUAUGGGCGGCUGCGACGACGGCGAGACCGAAGUCGUUCAAGACACCAACAGCCACGACAAGAAGACGGGCGACCGAACCUGUACAGGUGGUCUUCAGAGUUUCUGCUGCAAGGGGUUCAAGCCGUCUUCGUCGGGAAAAUCACUUCAAGGUAAGGCUGUGGACGUUGGGGAGGCGGCGGCUAUAUCUGCGGGCGAGCAGGCUGCCCUUGAUAUCGCAGCAAAAGCCUUUUGUCGAAUUGCCGUUCCCGCUCUACUUGCACCACUGGAAGCACUGGAGGCUCUCAUUCCGAUUGUCGGCGAGAUAUUGGAUAUUGCCGAGAUUGCAGCCACGCCAGCCUUGAUUCAGCUCUGCGUGAAGGGUGUCGAAAAGGAAGGCAAGGCCGUUUUCAAGGUGUUUGGCAAAAAGCACACCAUAUCCUUGAACAAGCCGACCACGACGCCCAAGCCCCGACCGCCAAAGUCAAGUCAUACUCCCGCCAAGACCAGCUCGGCCUGCACUCGGAAAAGGCUACUAAAAGAAAAGCGCGCCGACUGCGAUGCAGAGACCGUCGUCACUAUCGUCACUGAAGUCCACGACAGCUUCCCCAACCCCCCAAACUCCAUCGUGUGCGACGGCGCCGUUGCGGUCGGCCAUCCCCAGGCUUGCCUCAACUACCAUUCCAUAUCGGCGCAUUAUGCAGACUUUAGGACUCUCACAUGCCCUUAUUAUCGCGUUGAUGACAAGAAGCGGCCCGUAAGUGCCUCAUAUACAAGACAACGUGAUCUUGCUCGAUUUCUUCCUCAGUUUGCAAGGCUUCCAUCAGGUGGAAAAUGUUCUCCAGAUGAAUAUCCCCCAGCCGCCAUUUGCGACGUCAAUGAUGGCUACUCAAAGAUUCUCAGUCUUCGGGAUGACCUGAAGAGAAAUCGACCUGGGUUCAGGGAUCGUGGACAGCGUAUUCGUUUGAUUGAGUCAGCCGAUAACUCUAAGGCUGGAGCUUUAUUUGCUGGUUGUAGCCGCGUUGCCCACUAUGACUGGGACAACCUGAGCUCGGAAAGAAAGCGAGGAAAACGCGUCACUACGAUUUACCAUUAUGUAAGGGCAAAUUUUGAACGGCAGCGGUUCACAAUGGAUUUCGUCAACUUACAGAAUCUGGUCGAUGAUGGACUGGUCGACAACAAGUGUCAGCCCACCAUCAACGGCGUCAACCAUCCAGGAUUCGCCCUAUUGAAUGGCGAUGAUUGGUUUAAUGCUCAUCAAGACGAGGCGGGUCUGACAGCCGGGUGGGCAAAGGGGGCUGCAAAGAGGGACUGGCUCGAUGAGAUCAGCAGACUGGUCUACGUAGACGCAAACUCUACCACGCCAGCGUCGCGGGAGGAGCUGCGUGCGCUCUUUGGGUUCGACGAGUGCUCUGACGACACUUGCUCUCUCGAGAUAGAGGCUCUCAAGGCCAUCGUCGCAAGCAUGAGAGAGAAUGUGUCUCCUUCCUCACCAAUCGAGAUCGAAGCAGACCCCACGGCUGUUGCGCAGAAUCAAGGAGGCAGCGACGCGCCGCCUAGCCAACCGGGUUCAAACUUUAUCCUGCCUCAUCUUCCGGGAGAGACGGGGAAACCAUAG